CUUCGGUGACUCAACGCCUUCUCAUUCUUCCCUCUUCUUUCUUCUUCUCUCCCCUUCGCUCCUCUCCGUGUUCGAUCGCAUUGUUGAGAGCAUGGCUAGGCAGAUCUGUAACCUGCUGCGCAGGCCGCUUCGGCUUCCGUGCACUCCGGCGCUCGGGGCUCCCAGCAGGCGAAUUCCUUUUCAACUUCGAUCGGUCGCAUCACCCCUCCCUCUUCGCUCGAUCCGUUCGCUGAGUACGACCCCUAUCGCCCGGGCAGAUGGCUUCCACUCGCAGCAACAGAAUAUUCCCGCGACGCUUCCUUCCGAGAACCGGACGCCGCAGACAUUGACGGAAAAGAUUGUGCAACGCUAUGCCGUCGGGCUUCCUCCAGGAAAGCUGGUGCGGAGUGGCGACUAUAUCAGUCUCGCGCCUGGGUACUGCAUGACUCACGACAACUCGUGGCCCGUGGCCCUGAAGUUCAUGUCGAUGGGCGCCACACAGGUCCACAAUCCGAAGCAGAUCGUCAUGGCCCUGGACCACGAUGUCCAGAACACCAGUCCAGCCAACCUCCAGAAAUACCAACAGAUCGAAGCGUUUGCUGCCAAGCACGGGAUUGACUUUUAUCCUGCGGGACGGGGUAUUGGGCACCAGGUGAUGGUGGAAGAAGGAUACGCGUGGCCGGGUACAAUGGCAGUCGCCUCGGACAGUCACAGCAACCACUAUGGCGGUGUGGGCUGCUUGGGAACGGCGGUCGUCCGGACAGAUGCCGCCAGUAUCUGGGCUACAUCGCGCACAUGGUGGCAAAUACCCCCGGUGGCGCGGGUCACCUUUACCGGAACGCUCCCAGUUGGCGUGACUGGUAAGGAUGUGAUCGUUGCCCUGUGCGGACUGUUCAAGAGCGAUGUCCUAAAUCAUGCGAUUGAAUUCACCGGCUCAGAAGAGACAAUGGCCAGCUUGCUUGUAGACAGCCGGUUGACGAUCGCAAACAUGACCACGGAAUGGGGAGCGCUUACUGGUCUCUUCCCGAUUGAUACCACUCUGAAACGCUGGCUGCGCUACAAGGCGACUGUGGCUGCGUUGUCGGACGAUCGAACCACUCGCGAGCGCAUCACGCACGAGAGAAUCGACGAGCUGUUCGCCAACCCCCUCACUGCGGACCCCGAUGCACAGUAUGCUAAGCAGCUGUAUCUCAACCUCUCCACCCUCUCGCCUUAUGUUUCCGGUCCCAACUCGGUCAAGGUCGCCACUCCCUUAAACGAGCUUGCCGCUCAGAAGAUCAAGGUCAAUCGCGCCUACAUUGUCUCCUGCACCAACUCGCGCGCCUCGGAUCUUGCAGCAGCCGCUCAAGUCUUCCGCGACGCCAAGAAGGCGAACCCGGAUGUGACCCCCAAGAUCGCUGAUGGCGUCCAGUUUUACAUCGCGGCCGCAUCUGCCCCCGAGCAGGAGGCGGCUGAAGCCACGGGUGACUGGCAGAUUCUGCUUGACGCUGGCGCGCAGCCGCUCCCUGCCGGGUGCGGUCCCUGCAUCGGGCUCGGCAAGGGACUUCUGGAGCCUGGGGAGGUCGGUAUCAGUGCCAGCAAUCGGAACUUCAAGGGCCGAAUGGGCUCGCGCGACGCGCAGGCUUACCUGGCGAGUCCCGAAGUCGUCGCUGCCAGCGCUCUCAGCGGUGUCAUCUCUGGACCCGGCGCCUUCCAGGUCCCCCCAGAAGAGUGGUUGGGAGUAGACUAUGGAUUCGGUACCGGUGGGGAACCCACCACCGAGCAGCAGCUCACCAACCUCCUGCAACAGAUGGAGUCGUUUAUCGAUCGGGUCGAGUCUGUCCAGGGUGCAUCUGAAAAGUCGGCCACGGAGAUCCUCCCCGGUUUCCCGGAGCGUAUCAGUGGCGAGAUUCUCUUCUGUGAUGCGGAUAACCUCGACACCGACAGCAUCUACCCCGGCAAACUUACCUAUCAAGACAAUGUCUCGAAGGAGGACAUGGCCCGUGCCUGCAUGCAGAACUACGAUCCCGAGUUCCACGGAAUCGCCAAGCCCAGCGACAUCCUCGUUGCCGGCUUCAACUUCGGCUGCGGGUCCUCCCGAGAACAAGCCGCGACCGCCCUUCUCGCCAAGCAGAUUCCCCUUGUGGUCGCCGGUAGCUUUGGAAAUAUUUUCGCCCGGAACAGUAUCAACAACGCGCUGAUGGGUCUCGAAGUUCCACGGCUCGUUGAGCGCCUGCGCGCAGCCUUCUCUCAGCAAUCUACCGCAUCCGGUACGGAGCGUCAGCCCACACGCCGCACCGGCUGGACGUUGACCUGGGACGUGAAGCGGAGCCUUGUUGAGGUACAAGAGGGUGAGGGUGGCGAGAGCUGGACUGAGCAGGUCGGCGAGCUGCCAGCGAACGUGCAGGCUAUUAUUGCUGCUGGUGGUCUCGAGGCAUGGGUCAAGGCGGAGGUUAGCAAGUCGGCGUAAUCGUGUACGUGAUGAAAGAUUACGAUGAUUUUAGAACGCAUGUAAAUAUCCUUAGCGUCAUUUCAAUGUGAACUAUCUGUAUUAGUAUG